AUGAGUGUUGCACGAAGAUGUCAUACAACAUCAAUAUUAUCAAAUGGAAAAAUAUUAGUCGUUGGCGGAUGGGGAAGUAAUGAGUCUCUUGCCAGUGCUGAAUUAUACGAUCCAUCAACAGGUAAUUGGACAACCACUGGAAAUAUGAGUGUUGCACGAGGAUAUCAUACAGCAUCGAUAUUAUCGAAUGGGAAAAUAUUAGUUAAUGGUGGAUUGAGUAGUAGUGGUCCUCUUACUAGUGCUGAACUAUAUGAUCCAUCAACAGGAAACUGGACAACUACUGGAAAUAUGAGUGUUGCACGAGGAUAUCAUACAGCAUCGAGUUUAUCAAAUGGAAAAAUAUUAGUCGUUAGCGGAUUGGGAAGUAAUGGGUCUCUUGCCAGUGCUGAAUUAUAUGAUCCAUCAACAGGUAAUUGGACAACUACUGGAAAUAUGAGUGCUGCACGAGGAUAUCAUACAGCAUCGAGUUUAUCCAAUGGAAAAAUAUUGAUUACCGGUGGGGGAAAUGGUAAUAUUCCUCUUACUAGUGCUGAAUUAUACGAUCCAUUAACAGGUAAUUGGACAAGAACUGGAAAUAUGAGUGUUGCACGAAGAUAUCAUACAGCAUCGAAUUUAUCUAAUGGAAAAAUAUUGAUUACCGGUGGGGGAAAUGGUAGUGGUCCUCUUACUAGUGCUGAAUUAUACGAUCCAAUAACAGGUAAUUGGACAACAACUGAAAAUAUGAGUGUUGCCCGAAGAUUUCAUGCAGCAUCGAUAUUAUCGAAUGGAAAAAUAUUGAUUACCGGUGGGAGAAAUGGUAGUGGUCCUCUUACUAGUGCUGAAUUAUAUGAUCCAUCAACAGGUAAUUGGACAACAACUGAAAAUAUAAAUGAUGCACGAUAUUAUCAUACAGCAUCUAUAUUAUCAAAUGGGAAAAUAUUAGUUAAUGGUGGAUGGGGUAGUAGUGGUUCUCUUAUCAGUGCUGAAUUAUAUUGA